AGUUAUUUCACACGUGUUAACCAUGCGGAUCAUCCGAUUAGCCCCCCUGUUAGUCUCCACCAUCUGUACGGUCGGUCAGGAUACCGACUCGUGCUCUACGCCUGAUGUCGCUAAUGUUGGACGAGGGCCGACCCUCUUCAACAACCUCAAUACAUGUGUAACUACAACGGGUGGCUUCAACGAUGCUGCUCUCGAAUGCGUAGCGGCAAGCACCAACAUCAGCGAGCUGUGUGCAAGUUGCUACUUCGAACUCUAUUCGUGCGGUGCAACGACGUGCCAGCAGCCCUGCACGGAGCAGUUCUCUGCAGACUGUGUCGGUUGCAGCAUGAGUGUAUGCGGCGAUGAGCUGCAGGUCUGUACAGGGACGCCCGGAGCUGUCCUCCCACCUCCCUUCACUACAAGCGAUUUGACGUUGCCCACAUCGGCUCCCGACGGUUCUGUUGUCAAUCGGGUUCCCCAUGGCCUAUACGUUCUACCCGAUUCAGACGAAGUUCAUGUGUCGGUGAAUAUCGAUAACGUUGCAAGCACUCUUGAUACUGUCGUUAGGAUCAAUACGGACUCCCCGCUCAUCCCACGAAUAGAUUCUCAGUGUGCUGACAUGCCCUACACUUUCGAUGCGAACAGGUCAGCAAUCGCUGUGGACUUCGCCGAAGCGGUCUGCCUCAAGGGCGUCUAUGAUGACCUACGCACCGUGGCCCCUGGACUACCGGUGAGUCUGUUAACGAUGCAGUACGACAAGGCCGCUAACACUCUAUCCAUGCCGUUGCUAUCUGUAUUCGUGCUCGAGAAAGAUUCUAACACUUCUAGUCCCAUACCGCCGUCGAACUCUUCAACCACCGUACCUCCACUGGGUGCGGAGACUCCGAACUCAUCAGCGUCUACUGACGCCAUUUGUCUGUCGUUAAUCUGUUUUUCACUAUACUUUCUUUUUUGAAUUCAAUCCUGUGAACAAGUAUUCGAUAUUCUCAGUGUGGUGAUCGUUAUAUAUACAGUAAGUACUUGAUAUUCCAUAGGCAAGUAUAGAUGGAUAUGCAGAUCAU